AUGAAGGACGUGUCACGAUGGCGGACAAGGUCCAUAUGGGACCCACCCCCCUUUGAGGUUCACUGGACCAUGGAUUCCCAAGUCUUCAGGGAACAGCUGGCAAACAGCCCAGAAGCCAAGUCGGCAACCGAAUUCCUUCGCUGGUCCGAGUUCAAGAAUUGCAGCCACGUUGUCUUGGAGCGCAAAGCUGCAAUGGGGGGCGUGGGGGAGCUGGUCAUGCGCCGCACGUAG